GAGCGGCGUUUAAACGCCUCGCUGACGGUGAGAACUUCCGUUGUUGUCGCUUACGCAGGUUCGAGGCAGCGGCGCACUCUCUGGGCUAGGAAAUCAUGGCCGAGGUGGAGCACCAGUUUGGCGCCACCCAAAAUGGGCAUGAAGCGGCCGCGGCGGCGGCGGCCGAGGGAUCCGUGAGUGGCGGCGACGAGGAGCUGUUGCAGCCGGAGCAGCAGCUUGAAGAGGAGGAGGAAGAGGAAGAGGUGGUGGCGGCGGCAGUGGUGGUGGCCGAGGCUGGAGAGGGGGACGGCGAGGGAGAAGGCGAGGAGGAGGAGGCAGGGCAAUCGGUAGCUUCUGCAGAAGCUGGCGGCAGCCAGAACGGAGCCGAAGGCGAUCAGAUCAACGCAAGCAAGAACGAGGAGGAUGCGGGGAAAAUGUUUGUUGGUGGUCUUAGUUGGGAUACAAGCAAAAAAGACUUAAAAGACUACUUUACUAAAUUUGGUGAAGUAACUGAUUGCACAAUAAAAAUGGAUCCUAAUACAGGCAGAUCAAGAGGUUUUGGAUUCAUUCUCUUCAAAGAAGCAGCAAGUGUUGAUAAGGUUUUGGAGCAAAAAGAACACAAAUUAGAUGGAAGAGUGAUUGACCCUAAGAAAGCAAUGGCAAUGAAAAAGGAUCCUGUGAAGAAAAUAUUUGUUGGUGGACUUAACCCAGAAGCAACAGAAGACAAAAUCAGGGAAUAUUUUGGAGAGUUUGGAGAGAUUGAAGCUAUUGAACUUCCAAUGGAUCCAAAGACUAAUAAAAGAAGAGGGUUUGUAUUCAUCACAUUUAAGGAAGAAGAACCAGUGAAGAAAAUCUUAGAGAAAAAAUUCCACAAUGUCAGUGGUAGUAAGUGUGAAAUCAAGGUAGCACAGCCAAAAGAAAUAUAUCAGCAGCAACAGUUUGGUUCUGGGGGCGGCCGAGGAAGAGGUGGAAGAAGAGGUCAAGGCAGUUCAAAUUAUGGGAAGGCUCCAAGACGUGGUCAUCAGAAUAACUACAAGCCAUAUUGAUCAAAAGUAUUCAGGUAUGCAGUGGCAUGCUCUAAUGCACAAAACUACUGCAUAUGUUUUGUACUUAAUGCUGUAGAUGGACAUUACAAUUAUGUACCAAAAUUAACUUUACAAUACAUUUCUAUGGCCUGUUAUGUGUAUCUGAAGACUUCCCUGGAAAUGUCUUUUGUUUAAUAUUUACAGAUAAUAGUUGUCUAGAGAGUGUGGUGUGUAAAUUUCAGCCUUGCUGAAGAUUAAUGAUUUUAUUGAUAGGUUAAAUUGAAAUGAUUUUGAGGGUCUGCUUAAAGCUGCAGCUUCUGCAUCUAGGGACUGCCCGUUGGAGUUAACUACGUUAUUCCAGUUGUACAGAAUGAGAUGCAUCUUAGGGAACCAGUAUCACUUUCCACCUUUUUAUUUUGUAUUGGUUUUGUGUCAUACAUUUCCUGUAAUGGAAGUGUUAAUUUUACUGUACUUUUUGGUACCUUUUUGGAAUCUAAUGUAUUGUAAGGUAUUUUACAUGUGUUCUGAUUCACCAUGACAUGGAUAUUGAUGCUAUUCUAGCUUUUGAAUAAAAAAGCAUAAUACAGUAUCCUGUGCCAUUAUUCCAGCUAUCCUUUUGUAGCUCAGAGAAAAGAAGCCUUAGAAUUUCAUUAGAAAUGCUGGUGGCUGGUUGGAUGCGUAAAUCUUAGAAAUUGGAUUUAGAGCAUGUUUUAACCCUAAAAUUGAUGAAAGACCAGCAAAACUUAAUUGUUUAAUCACAAAUUCAAAGUAUUGUUGAGGUAGGAAAAACCAGGAAGCAGAACAAGUAUUAUAUUUCAGGAAAAUCUUAGGAUUAAGAAUAGUGUAUUAUUGUGUAGGAAUAAAGGUCAUAGGAAUUUAGGAGUAAAUUUGUAGAAUUAAAUACCUAAAAUACUGAGGGGUUCAAGGCUGUAUUUACACACACAAGACAAUAUUAGACAUGCUUACACUAUAGUCUGCUUUUUUGUAUAUGCAAGUUCAAUUUAAAUCUGAAAACAUGCUCAAUAACAUAUGUACAAAACUCCUGGAUGCUUAUGUAGUACACUCAUUUGAAACUUCCCUAGGUUCAUUGAUCAUACUUAAAUCUGUCAAUCUGACUGGCUUUUGUACUCUUAUGUGUUUUAUUAGUAUUUAGAAAUUAAACAUUUCAUGCUAAAAUUAUUAAGCAAAUAUUAAAGCUGCGUAAACAUUGGAUUUUC